AAGAUUAGGAGUGAUAGUACACUGUGGAGGCGCUUGGACCACUCACUGGAGACAGCGCAUGCACUGAACUAGCCAAAGGCUUUUAGUCUGAGUCCUUGCCAAAAAGAUGCACACCUUGCCUUAAGAACGAGGAAACAUCCGAUAUUUAAUAGCCUAGCAGCGGCACAGGUCAAGCGCGGCUCUUGCAUCAGCGCUCAAUAUCGAGGACUGGACGUCUCAAUUACCGACAUGACGGAUGGACCGAGACAAAGAGGCAGCGCGGCCCCGAGCACCAGCGAGGAGGGAGCCGCAGACACCGGGAAAGCCUCUGGAGAGUCAUCAGUGGGGCUGAAGAAGGAGAUUGGUCUCGUCAGUGCUUGUGGCAUUAUUGUCGGAAAUAUUAUUGGCUCUGGAAUCUUUGUCAGUCCAAAGGGAGUGUUGGAAAAUGCCAGUUCAGUGGGCCUGGCCCUCAUUGUAUGGAUCAUCACAGGCAUUAUAACAGCGAUCGGAGCUCUCUGCUACGCUGAGCUGGGUGUUACUAUCCCCAAAUCUGGAGGGGACUACUCUUACGUCAAGGACAUCUUCGGAGGGCUGGCAGGGUUUUUGCGGUUGUGGAUUGCUGUGUUGGUGAUCUACCCCACUAACCAGGCGGUUAUUGCCCUCACCUUCUCCAACUACGUCCUGCAGCCUCUGUUCCCCACCUGCUUCCCCCCCGAGAACGGUCUGCGUCUGCUCGCUGCCAUCUGCUUGUUGCUGCUGACUUGGGUGAACUGCUCUAGUGUGCGCUGGGCAACACGAGUGCAGGAUGUCUUCACUGCAGGGAAACUUCUGGCCCUCAUUCUUAUCAUCAUCAUGGGCAUCGUACAGAUCUGCAAGGGCGAGUAUUACUGGUUGGAGCCUGCCAAUGCUUUCGAGCCUUUUCAAGACUAUGAUGUCGGUCUGAUUGCAUUAGCAUUUCUACAGGGGUCCUUCGCCUAUGGCGGCUGGAAUUUCCUCAAUUAUGUUACAGAGGAACUGGUCGACCCAUACGUGAACCUUCCCCGUGCUAUCUUCAUCUCCAUUCCCCUCGUGACCUUUGUGUAUGUUUUUGCUAACAUUGCUUACGUCACUGCCAUGAGCCCUCAGGAGCUGCUGGCUUCAAAUGCUGUAGCUGUGACAUUUGGUGAGAAGCUGUUGGGAGUGAUGUCAUGGAUCAUGCCCAUCUCUGUGGCCUUGUCCACAUUUGGGGGGGUCAACGGCUCCCUCUUCACCUCCUCUCGGUUGUUCUUUGCGGGUGCACGUGAAGGUCAUCUGCCUAGCUUACUGGCUAUGAUUCAUGUGAAGCGCUGCACCCCAAUUCCAGCCCUACUCUUCACUUGCAUCUCAACACUUCUGAUGCUAUGCACCAGUGACAUGUACACACUCAUCAACUAUGUGGGUUUCAUCAACUACCUCUUCUAUGGUGUCACGGUUGCGGGGCAGAUUGUGCUGCGUGUUAAACAACCAGAUAUGCACCGGCCAAUUAAAAUCAGUCUGGUGUGGCCUGUCAUCUACCUGCUGUUCUGGGCCUUUCUGCUGAUCUUCUCUCUGUACUCGGAGCCCGUGGUGUGUGGCAUUGGCUUGGCCAUCAUGCUUACUGGAGUCCCUGUCUAUUACUUGGCCGUGUACUGGGACAACAAACCCCAGUGCUUCAAUACAUUUGUUGACAAGGUGACAUACCUGGGUCAGAAGUUUUGUGUAGUGGUCUACCCGAUGGAGGAUGAGAAGAAGAACGAGAAGUCUGGAGAAGAGAUCGAACUGAAGGAGCAGUCGGUUCCAAUGUCAGCAGAAGAUGAGCAGACACCGAAAUCAGCUGACUGCUGAACAGACAUGUGGAGACACACUCAUUCACUCACAUACGGGCAGACAGACUUUUUCAGAUAGACACUGGAAAUCAAACUCAGAUUUUUCACAUACCUCUAUGUUUUGCUUUUUCAUAAGGAGGGGGGUUGCACAGAGUAAUGAACAGAGACUAGCUGCUCCACAGUUCAUGUGGUUCUGCUUUAGAACAUAAUGUUCUCCGUUAUCUCCCGUUGCCUCCAUUAUCUAGUUAUCUCUAGUUAUCUCAAUUGGCUGUGCAACAGAAUUACAACAUUAGGAUUACAUGAAGUUCUAGAAUGUAUUACUUAUAAACACUGGUUUGGAAUGGCCUGCAAUUUUUACAAUUACAUUUCUGAAACACUCUUUUCUAUGAAAAACAGAAUUAGAUUUCUGUUUAGUUUAUGCUAAAAAUUCCAAAAUACAUCAUGUCUUCAACAGAGAUGGCAGGGUUCAUUUUAUUUAUUUAUUUAUUAUUGAGUACAUUCUAAUGUUAUAAUUCUUACCCCCUCUUUAUCUUUUUAUUUCUGUCCCAACAGUCCUAAGAGUAUUUUUUCUUUUUUUUUACAAGCCAAAGUUGUAUUUUAAUUUGACAUUUUCUCAUUUCAAGUGUAUUUCAUCACACCAAAACACUCAGAAGCAUUUCUUUUAUAUAUUUUGAUAUGUGAUCAUCCUAUUCUAAUCACAUUCCUUUGUUAUUGUGAAAUAGUUUUUUUGUUAUUUUCUCUUUUCUCUUUCCUGAGGAAAGCUCUGGGAUCUUUAUUUUAAAUUAUAAAAAGUGUUCAAGGAAAACUUAUAGAUUCCAUUGUGAAAUUAAGUGUUGCAAUGGUAUCUUCUUUCUUUGUGGACUUUAAGCAGAGAAUAUGACUACUGAUGCCAUCAGCUUUACAGUCACUCAUUUACAGAUUUACUCGUAACCCACAAGUUCAAUUUCAUGCAGUUUAAUUAUUUCACAAGUAUGUAGACAAAAAAAAAUUAAAAUAACAGAGCAUUUGGUUAUAAAUGGAAAAAAUAAAACCAAUAGUGGUGCAAAGCUAGUGUCUGUGAUGUGGCUGAAAGCCUGUGAGAAUGCAUUAAUUUUGGUCCUGUUAUUUUUUUAUAUGAAUAUUCAAAAACUUGAAAUCAAUUAUGUCAGAAGAGCUCGCUAAAUCAGUUUUAAGCACAAUAUAUUAUAGUUGUGUAGAUGUGAAUGUAGGUGCAAUACAAGGGACUAGUAUCAAUCAAUCAAGCUAACAAACAGUCCGGAUGAUUACAUUAAUAUACUGAAUAAUUGAUUAAACACCAAAAUGGAGAGCCAUAAAGAUAAUUAAUUUUCACAAAAAAAAUUACUUACUAAAAAAUAUAUUUGUGUACGUACAUAAUAUAUGCUCAGUUCGAGAAUAAGAUGUUUAAAGUGCUCAGCAUGUAUGUCACUUGUCCAUUCAAGCGUGUAAGGCUUUUUAGUGCAAACAGGGUCUUUUCAUUGUGCCUCGGUGUUGAUGUCACACCUCUACCCACUUGUGAAGACUAUGGAAAAGUGUCAGUUGUUCUUUGUUUUUGUAUUAUUGCAGAUCUGUAAUGUGUAGGUGUAUAAAAAGCAACAUGUGUCAGUGUAAUUCAUUUGCACAAACAUUUUAAGUGAGCUUAGUCCCCCGCAUUCCUUAGAGACUAUGAUAUCAAAUCUUUAAUCUUCUCACUUACAAAAUAAUCACUGCUUUUUGGUUCCUCUGUCUUAGUCAGGCAGCAACGAGACCCGUUAUCAUCCAUUAUUCAACUGUGUAAACUUUGUAUGUAUCGUCAAAGAUGCAGAGCAUCUUCGGUUGUAGUAAUACUACUCCUGAGCUGUGCCUCAGUAUCCAGCACUGCCUAAUGUGUGCUAAACACAAACACUAUGUGUAUUUAUAUGAAAGCUGUGACUCUGAUUGUGCUGCAGUAUUACGCUUUCCUAUCCAAACACAAUAUCAUACAGGAGAUACCAAAACCCAUGCAGAAUGAAUUCUGUCACAUAUUUGAGUCACAUUAGUAAGAAAUGAUUGAUGUUAAUGUUUUGAAUGUUCUCACAAUUAUAUAAAAAUCCAUAAGAGAAUGAUUUUUGUAGAUUAUAUUAAGAAAUGUACAGUCUAAAAUGAUAAAAACAUAAAGUUCAAAUAACCACUUACAAAUAACUGGGGGUGAACGGUUUGUACCAGAGUCUUCUUGUUUACUAUAUGUUUUGUAUUUGUUUGAACAGACAAAUAAAUCUAUAUGCUGAAACUGG